UUCUUGUGGGAACAAAACAACGAAAUGCAUCCUAUAAUAGUUUGAUUGUGAUUUUUGUUGUUGUUGCAUAAAAUAUUUUUUUUCACCAUUUGCAGUCGAGAUGAACGUGUUCUUGUUGUGGUAUUCACUUUCGUUCACCACCAAUUCGAAGUAGUUCAUAUUUUCCACAGCUCCUGAACGCACUCUGAGUUCUUGCUGUUCUUGAGAGAUGCACUGCAGCGUUUGGAGAGUUGGACGCAGUGCAAGCUGAUGAUCUGCACUGGGACGCGUGUGUGUGCGUGUUUGAGCAGCUUUUAACAUGUGAAAAAUAAAAAAAACCUAACGGAAUAACUUCAAGAUUUUCAUCAAGAAAGAGCUGAGAAGAGUUUCACAGUCGUCGGGAGGAAAGACGUUGUCGAGUUCGCUCCAGAGGCCUGAGUGCCAUGCCAGAGGGGUCCCAUUCUGCUCUCCACCAGGGCCCAAUGGGGGAAGAAUCUCCUCAGCUGUCGUCGCCCCUCUCCUCCAGCGAACAUGACCGGGCAAACGCUGACUUGGGCCCAGACUGUCACAACCGGCUAUGUGUGGAGCCACUGGAAGGAGAGGGUGACCGUCCGGUGAGCCUGGUGUCCACCCUGUCCUCCGGAUCAUCCCGGGACAGCCGCAGCCUGUUCGGAAGCACCGUAGCCCUUCCUUCCUCCACCACUCCACCCAUACAGAGCGAGGAGGACAUAGACUUGGAGCUGAGCCCAGCAGAAAGUAGCAGACAGCAGGCAGGGGACCGGAGUCCCUCCCUCACAUGUUCCAGGGGCCGCUGGCAGGAGCGGCUGGAGUCCAGGGUGAUGAGGAACCAGUGGAACAAUAACGCAACCUCCAACAGGAAAUCAAGCAGUGAAAUACUUCCAAACCCCGCCUCACCUGUCGUCACGCACGCCAUGGGGCCCAACCCGAAGCUGACCUAUGUGGACCGCGUUGUGAUGGAGAUCAUCGAGACGGAGCGCAUGUAUGUCAAGGACCUGCGCAGCAUCGUGGAGGACUACUUAGCUCACAUUAUCGAUAUGAGUAACCUUCCCAUAAGGCCAGAGCAAGUGUGUGCCCUGUUUGGAAACAUAGAGGACAUUUAUGAGUUCAACAGUGAGCUGCUGCAGUCCUUAGACAUGUGUGAAAACGACCCUGUUGCCAUCGCUCGAUGCUUUGUCGAUAAGAGUGAAUACUUUGAAAUAUACACUCAGUACUGCACCAACUAUCCCAACUCUGUGGCAGCACUCACAGACUGCAUGAGGAGUAAAACUUUGGCCAAGUUCUUCCGGGAGCGUCAGGCUGCUCUGAAGCGCUCGCUCCCUCUUGGCUCCUACCUGCUGAAGCCGGUCCAGAGGAUCCUGAAGUAUCACCUGCUGCUUCAGGAAAUUGCAAAGCAUUUUGACCCAGAUGAGGAGGGCUACGAGGUGGUCCAGGAGGCCAUAGACACCAUGACCGGAGUGGCCUGGUACAUCAACGACAUGAAGAGGAAACAUGAGCAUGCUGUCAGAGUGCAGGAGAUACAGUCUCUUCUGAUCAACUGGAAGGGUCCUGACCUGACCACCUACAGCGAGCUGGUGCUGGAGGGAACCUUUCAUGUCUUGCGGGCGAAGAACACCCGUACGCUUUUCCUCUUCGAAAAGAUGCUCCUCAUUACCAAGAAAAGAGGGGAACACUAUAUCUACAAGACCCACAUCUCAUGUUCCACCUUAAUGCUACUUGACAGCGCCAAGGAUCCCCUGCUCUUCAGUGUCAUCCAUUUCAAGCAUCCCAAGCAGCCCCACACAGUGCAGGCCAAGUCGGUGGAAGAGAAGCGUCUCUGGGCCCAUCACAUUAAGAGGCUCAUUCUUGAGAACCACAACACCAUCGUCCCCCAGAAGGCAAAAGAAGCCAUCCUGGACAAUUCUAACUAUCCAGGAAAGUACCACUACAGCCCUGAGAGGCUGAAGAAAGCAGAGUCCUGCCAAGCUGAUGACUUCCAUCUUGGAGGGCGAAAAGGGAGAAGGAGAUCAGAGCCUGCAAAACAAAUCAUAAGGAACACAAGAGCUGUUUUGAAGCAUGCAGACAGUGAGGGUGCACUGCUGGGGGAGAGGUGCUCCCUUCAGCCAGCCUCUAGUGUCAGUACGCUGACCCCCAGUGUAGGCGAGCCCCAGGCUGAGAGGCCACGUGUGGAGGAUCUGGUUCCCAGAAGGGACUCUCUGGAGAAGCUAAGUCUGGCUGAUGGUGACCCGAGAGUGGACUCUUCACCCAGCGAGGGGGGGCAGGAGCUGGAGAAGGAAGAGGAGGAGGAGGAGGAGGAGGAGGAUAUAGUGAUGGGAGACGACCAGGUAGCCGACUUUGCGAGCUCAGUGCUGGCAGCCAUCUCCUGCUGGCACUAUAGAGCCAGGGCUUUGCUUUCCACUCAUUUCACAACGGAUGAACAGAUCAGAGAUACUGCUGAACUGAAAGCUGCACCAAGAGAGGAGGUAGAGACUGGCAGGCAGGAGGAGAAACAUGGGGAUGUGGCUAUGAAAGAAACUGUCACCUCUCAGGUGGAAGUGGAGGAGCUGUGCUGUCUAGACUGCGUCCCUGAAGCGGACAAGAGCAAUCAGCUGGAGACGUGCUACCCCCAUCUCCCUGAGUCUCCGGUCUCUCCUCUGCAACGAGAAGCCGAGUCACCAGAACCUCAGGAUACCUCGAGAGAAACCGGAGGGGAGGAAGAAGGGGAGAGUGACACCUCUGUUCUCCAUGUGGAGGAGACGAGUGUGCUGACGAACGGGGAGCUCUCAGAGGAGGAAGAGGAGGUGCUUUCAGGCAGUAAGAGCAUCCUACCUUCAUCUGUGUUGGACCAGGCGAGUGUGAUAGCUGAGCGCUUCAUCAGCAGCCUGUCCAGGCGGAGCAGUCUGGUUUCAGAGGACUUGGGCUCCCUUGCCUGUCCAUCACCCUCAAUAGAUAAUGACGUCUUUAAAAGUCCUUCAGCUUGCAUGGACCUGGAGCAGCAGACCCAAAUGUUGGCAAGCUCCUCACAAGAGGCCAAUCUGUCGACGCCUGCACACGAUCCUGAACUGAACGGCCUCGCUGAAAGCGAACUCAGGUCCACUCUCUCUAAACAAGAUCGUCUCCUCAUCCGCAAGAUCAGAAGGUACUACGAGCAUGCCGAGCACCAAGAUGCUAACUUUAGCAUCAAGCGCAGGGAGAGUCUCUCCUACAUCCCAGCCGGUCUGGUCCGGCACCUGAGCCGACAGCUCAACAGUGCUCCCCAGGAGGAGGCUGUCCCAGUCCAUAGGAAAGGCCUCUCUCGGAACCGCCCCACCUCCUGGGCCGUGUUUGACCUUCCUGGCUUGGAAAGGAGUCGGAACACUGACACUCAUCAAAAGGCUGAAUUGGUGGAAGCCAAGGCUCGAUCUCAGAGCGCCACAGAUGCCCCUAUCACAGAAGAAGAGUUCAUCCCCUCGUCAGACAUGCUCCAGGUUUGGCAGGACAUGGAAAUAGAGGAGAGCCAGAAAGUCCAGCAGGUUGCAGAGGAGGAACUUAAUGAUUUGAGAUUAGACGCAACGCAGGGUACCAGCUCAGAUCCUUCAGAUGUUAGAACCCGUAAGCAACCACCUCCUAUUGUAGAAGAGUCUGAAAUAAGCAAGGCCUCAGAGGGCUCCUCCUUCUCAUCUCCCACCACCAGCACUCCAGCAGUGGAAGGGGGAUCCUGUCAGGACUCUACGUCUCAGGACAAGAGCCACAACAACCAAGGCCAGCUACCCAAGAUCAUUAACUUCCGAACCAGUAUGGACGAGGACCAGAUCCUGCAAGACAUGGGGAAGAUGAAAAACAAGGUGUUCCAGCUGGCACGUCAGUACAGUCAGCGCAUCAAAAAUAACCGACCGAUGGUCUGGCAGAGGAACCGAGAAAAAGCAAAUCAGCAGGGCUUCAAGAGUAUGCCUGCAGUCCAUGAAGAACAGAUGCAACUGAGGAAAAAGGGUAAACUCAACCUGAAAUUGCCCUUGAACACUAACGAUCAGGCAGUCAUCCAUGAAGAGCGUUCACCCAGCCCGGUCCAGACCCUGAGCUCAGGAGCCAGCUCCCAAAGUACAAUCACCUGUCCACAAAGCCCACCAUCAGAAACGGAGGCCUUCCACUGGCCUCAUGUGCAGGAGCUGCGCACCAAGUACACGGGCCCCUCCCGCUCAAAAGUUACCCGUAGUUGCACGGUCCCAAACGGGGUGCUGGAGAGCUCGAUAGACCGGUUUUAUAGCUGCUCGCUCAAGUAUAGCAGCUCCUCUGACCUUCACAAAGCUCUGACGGACUCCCAGAGGAUUCAGUCUGAGGCAGGACACAGAGAUAGGUGUCCUGUGGUGGAGGACUGGGCCCAGCCUCAGCCCCUGCUGUGCAGGUGGAGCUCCUUGGACCACAUGCUCGGACCUCUGCCCCUCCAUGAAGUACAGAACCUUCAGGAACCCAUGAGGACCCUCUGCACAGCCAGUCAGGUGUCUCUGAUCACAAGAGACACAGGCAAAGAUGGGGACAACGUCCUCCAGGAGGGUAGAGACUGCGCCGCAAAGUCUACUGCCCUGAGUUCAGGGAAAUUGACAGAAAGUAAUCUUGUGAGAAGCUUACGGGAGAAGUUCCAGAGCCUAACCACAAGCUCGUGAACAUUUUUUAAUUUUCAGGGAAACAUUAUCUUCCAGUAACCUGAUGCUUCUUUUCCUCUUUUUCCCCACAAAAGAAUGUUGUUUUCAGUAUCGGGGACACGGUGAUGAUGUCGGCACCACUGAAACAUAAAGGGAUAUUAUUGGUCAGUGGUGGAGGCCAAGAGGGGAAAACAUGUUGUCUUUAAAAAGGUAUAUUGCAAUAUUUGUACAUUGGAUACUUUUCGGUACAAUACAAGUUUUUGUAAAAAUGUGUAUAUAUUCCCCGUAUUAAUCGAAGAUUAGUUUCUACUUUAUUAUUUUAUCCCACUGUUGGUGAUUCUUGCUAUAACCACUAGAGCACUGGUAUCAUGUAACCAUGUAAACUGCCAGCUGGAGUUUCAGGGGAAACAAAAAAGGAGCUAAAGUGUCUGACCGACUGCACACCAAAGAGGCUUUCCUAAACAUUUAUUGACUUUAUUGCGUGUGGUCACAGCAGUAUUUUGCUUCCACGUUCACUGUAGCUGCUUUUAAAACUUACAUACUGUAUCACUGGAGCUUUAUUUUUCACAGUAAGUUGUAUAUUUUCUUUAAUGUUAUUUAUGAAACUGUAUAUUUGGGAGAUUGGCCUCAUGUAAAUACUGACCUGCCGUAGCAACUCCUUUUUACUUUUGCAUUUCAGAAAAUAUAUUGUUUCCCAUAUUUUCAAUAAAAACAGAAAUGG